AUGGUGUAUAUUAAGAAUCUCGCCAGUACUAUCACCCUCCUGGCUUCAGUUGCCUCGGCCAGAGUCAUUACUCGACAGGCAUCGUCCAGCAUUAACGAAGCCUUCACUUCGCAUGGGAAGAAAUACUUCGGCACGGCUUCCGACCAGGCCUUGUUGCAGAACAGCCAGAAUGAGGCAAUCGUCGCGGCGGAUUUUGGCCAAUUGACCCCAGAGAACAGCAUGAAGUGGGAUUCUACUGAACCGACUGAGGGAAGCUUCACUUUGGAUGGAGCAGAUGCGUUGGUCGACUAUGCCCAGAGCAACGAUAAGCUUGUGCGCGGCCAUACUCUCGUCUGGCACUCGCAGCUUCCCUCGUGGGUGUCGAGCAUUUCCGACAAGGAUACCCUGACCGACGUUAUCAAGAACCACAUCAACAAGGUGAUGGGCCAAUACAAGGGAAAGGUCUAUGCCUGGGAUGUGGUCAACGAGAUCCUAGACGAGGACGGCACCCUCCGAGACAGCGUCUUCUCCAGCGUCCUUGGCGAGGACUUUGUUCGAAUUGCCUUUGAGACUGCUCGUGAGGCGGACCCAGAUGCCAAGUUGUACAUCAACGAUUACAACUUGGACUCGGCCGAUUAUGCCAAGACCAAGGGUAUGGUGAGCUUCGUGAAGAAGUGGUUGGAUGCAGGCAUUCCCAUUGAUGGAAUUGCUCUUAGCGCACUCGCGGGCACCGGUGUUUCCGAGAUUGCCGUGACGGAACUCGACAUUGCUGGCGCAAGCUCGGAGGAUUACUUGAAUGUCGUAAAUGCCUGCUUGGACCUGGAGGCCUGCGUUGGUGUCACCGUCUGGGGUGUUUCGGACAAGGACUCGUGGCGCUCUGACAGCGCCCCCUUGUUGUUUGACAGUAACUAUCAGCCCAAGGACGCGUACAACGCUAUCAUCGAUGCUUUGUAG